AUGGAAAAUGGAGUUUGUAAUGGACGUAUAGACGCACUUCUUCGGAAGUGCUUUCCCGAUGUGAAGGAUUUUGAUCAGUCCGUCAGCUAUAGCCUCGCCCUUCAAACGAAUAAGAAGAGUUUCUGGUCAAUAAUCGCUCGCGUGUUUUUCCAGUGGAAUGAUGAAAAACUCUCAUCAAAAUAUCCAACAUCUGCUUUUGUCAAGAUUCCUCACAUCUCUCAAAACGUCAAGAAUCUCGACAAGACUGGACAGGAGGAUAACUCCGCUGACGCUGAAGUUCUUCGCAAAUUAACUGAGUUCGAGGUAUCAUGGUAUGAACGUUAUGGGAACGACUCAAUACCAUAUUUUCCAAUUCCAAAAUUCUACGCCGCCGAAAAGGUUACUGUACCGGAGACUGGCAUCAUUAUUAUGGAAGAUUUGAGUGAACGUGUGAAAGCUAUGGACUUUAUUCCAGGAUUUUCGUUCGAUCAGAUCGAAAGACUAAUGGACGCUCUGGCCGGGUUUCAUUACCACUUCAUAUCGAAGAAGGACCAGUCAUGGGUUGACGAAUUCGACCGUGCCUCCGAGGUUGAUACGGACUUCCAAAACCUACAGUACGAAUCUGCGCUCAAUUCGAAAAAACAUUUGUCCCAGUUCCUGAAGCGAUAUCACGACACCCUCACGCGGCUAUUCAAUGGGAAUCCACCUUAUACUCUCGAUAAGGUAUAUGAGGCUUAUGAUCGGAUCUUCCUGUACGCUUGCAAUUUCGCAUUAUUUGGUCUAUCGGUCUAUCACGAUAUGUGUGAAGACUUGGAGAAAGAUGAAGUGAAAAGAGCCAAAUUUCGAAACGAACUUGUUGAUCGAGCUUACGGAGCCGUACUGGAUGCUGGACGAUUACUUUCCCAGCAGAGAAAUUGA